CCUCCUUCCCAAAAAGAUCUAAACAGUUGCUAGGCAAAUGGAAGCCAACCCAUCUUCGCAAAAUGUCGAGAGCGCAAGCUGAAAGCGUUAUUAAAAAUAUUAUCAGGGAAAUUGCCCAAGAAUGUGCCAGCAGACAUCAAGUUGUUUCGGAAACACUCGUUGCUUUUAUGGUAAAAGCAACUGUUUUGGAUCCAGAUAACGGAUUUAAUGUUGACAGGACCCUUACAAAGGAUGAUGUACAGAGACUCAUUAAGAUUUGUGUUGCACGCCUCCUUGAUGAGGAAGAUGUGGCACUUGACACAAUUAAGAUGCAAGUGUACUUUGAUAUGAAUUACACUAAUAGAAAUGACUUCUUAGAAGAACAUAGAAGGGUCCUUGAAAUGAGACUGCAACCCAUUGUGAGAGAGAUAACUGACAGCAGAGCUAGGACAAGAGAUGAGCUUGAAAGUUUGUAUCGUAAAAUUGUCUCAUACAUACUACUUAGAUCUGGUCUUGGUUCUCCAACUGAUAUUGCUGCAGUUAGAGAAGCAACAGCUGCUCUGCAAAGUGUAUUCCCACAAACUGAGCUAGGGACAUUCAUGUCACUUGUGAAGAAAGACAAGGAAAGACAAAUUGUUGAGCUGGCACUGAUUACUUCUGGUAUUCGCCUCUUUAACAAGGAAUGUGGAAAAGGAGGAGAGGGAAUUGAUGAUUUGCCAACAAUCCUCCGAGAAGCUGUUCCAUCAACAAUUGAAAAUAUUCAAACAGAGUAUGAUAAUGUGUCAUCAACUGUCUAUGAUUAUACAGCAAUUUUAGAGCAAUCGGAUGCAUUGAGAAAUUUAAAUCUGAAUGCAGAUUGGUUUACUAUUCGCGAUAUGCAGAUUAAUGGCAGACAGCAUGAAGCAUUUCUCAGUUUGUUGCUGAAUGAUAUAAAAAAUUGCAAAUCGAUGAUUGAUUCUUUGGAAUCACAAUAUCUUUCACGCAUGGAUUCCCUAAAAGAAACUGUUGCAUCAAAGACUGCUGUACCAACGUCACAAGUUUAUCCCCAGUUUAUUAACCUUGCUCACAUUUGGACUGGAUUUCAAGAUGAAAUGGUCCUUCUCAGCGUCCUCAGCAACAUAUUUGCGAGUCUUGAGCAGUUCAGCAAAACUCGUCAUGAUAUUGUUGAUGAGCGCUUCGACGUGUUGUUGACAAACGUUACGGUGAAGACGGACGAUGAGCGUCUAAAUGAAACCAGCUCCGAAGAGCAUCGAAUAAUUCCAGCUAGAAUAACUAACAAAGCAAUUGAUGUUUUGUACCCUGAAACGACGAAGAACUUCCAAAAACUACCAAUACAGUACAGGGGAUUUUGCGGCUGGACUAUCGUUGAGGAAGAUCGUCUUUUGGUACCAGCCAACCCUGAUAUCGGCGUGCUUUCUUUCAACGAUUGCUACUACGCAUUCUCCUCAGCGGAUGCUGCCUACGACUUUGCUAGCAAUCCAGAGGAAUUCAUUGAUAAAGUUGCAGAACGAGCCAAAAAGUCGCCUGAACUUAUACAGCUGCUGGAACUGCAUAAACAGUUUGCUGCAAUCACUCCCUAUGCUAAGGGAAAAGGGCCUGGAGGCAUGAUUGAAGUUCCUGUUAAGAAAGCUGAUUGUGGAACUCAGACGGAUACUCAUUUUAUGGAAUCAAAUAUUGUCAAGACAUAUGAAUGGAAUGAGUGGGAAUUGCGUCGAAAAGCUAUCAAAUUGGCUAAUCUACGAACGAAGAUAACACAUUCCAUGCAGACAGAGUUGAGCAACUACAAAAGAGACAACGAUACACAAGUAUACCUACCGAAGAACGCGGAAACACAGACAAAGAGAGAUGGUUCAACGAAUGUUCCAAAGCCCUCUGUUUUUAUUGCUGGUCUCCGUGGCUGCAAUUCGACGAGAACAACGAUGACAAAAGUAGAUUUGACGUUGGAUGUUGACCAAACCUAGACUAUCGAAGUUACGAUAUAUCUGUAGUUGACAAGUGGUUUAUCGUUUGAUAAAUUGUAAAAUAAACCUGUGCAUUACUUGUAUAUUAUACACUUUUUCAGAAAAUUUCGUGACUAUCCAAACCGCAUGUAAUCUUUGGUAUCUUCACAGUUGCUCAAAGUCCUAUCGUUUUUGUGAUUCUAAAGAAGAUGAUAAUCUUGAUUUCUUUGAGCAAAAUUUGAACUGUUUUUUUUCGUGACUGGGUAGCUCAGUUUGUAGAGUAACAAUGUACAGUGUCGCGAGUUGAGCCCUGCCCGUUCGUGCCAUUAGAAGCUAAAAGUGUAACGAUGAUAAAAUGCGUGGAAUUCAAAAAACAAAAUAUUUUGUAUCGGAUUUUCUCUGAAGACCUUAAGCAGACCAAAAGCAGCAGAAAAACAAUAGCAUUUUAGAUGUUUUCUUCGUUUGUUGGCGUCCUGUGGUCAAACUGAGUGCACAAAUGAUUUCUGCAGGGUGUAGGCUUUCGUGUUGAGGUGAAGGAUUUACUUUACUUUUUCAUUAAGU